AUGGCGACCGAAAUCACGAACGUCCCCUCUGCUCCGGCGCAGAAACAAAAGCUCUCAGUGCUUGAAGGCCCUGUUGACCCCCCGUUAGUUGACUUCACAUUGGGUGAGCUACUUGAGCUUCAAAAUUACCAACAUGGCAACCAAGAGUGUCUGGUCAUCCCAUGGACCGGUGCCCGCUGGACGUACAAUGAGCUGAGCCAGCAGAGCUCUUCUUUGGCUCAGUCUUUGCUGGAUAUGGGAAUCGGAGUUGGUGACCGCGUCGCAAUCAUGGCCGGAAACUGUGAGCAAUACGCAGCCGUGUUCUUUGCCGUGGCCAAGAUCGGCGCCAUCCUCGUCAUUCUCAACAACACCUAUACCCCGACAGAAGCCAUGUACGGUUUGAAGUUUUCUGACAGCAAAAUCUUCUUCACGACACCAAGAAUCGGCCGACUCGACCAGACACAACUGCUACAGCAGCUCGAGAACAAGAAGACAGCUCCCAAGGUUGUGAUGCUUCGGGGGGAUGAAACUGGCAAAUAUGAGACCUAUGACGGUUUGGUUACAGCUGGUCGUCGACGAAACCACCAGCGUUUGUAUCAAGCCAUGACAAAGGUGUUGCCGCAUCAAGUGGUCAACCUUCAAUUCACCAGCGGAACAACUGGACUUCCCAAGGCUGCCAUGCUCACACACCACAACCUGGUCAACAACUCCCGAUUUAUUGGUGAUCGUAUGCGACUUGGACCUGCUGACGUACUGUGCUGUCCUCCACCACUGUUCCACUGCUUCGGUCUGGUGCUUGGUCUUCUUGCUGUUGUCACUCAUGGCGGCAAGAUCGUGUACCCAGCUGAAGUAUUUGAUAUUCAAGCGACACUUCAAGCGAUCUCUGAUGAGCAAUGCACUGCUGUCCAUGGUGUCCCCGCUAUGUUCGAUUCGCUCUUCCAGGCCAAGUGGCCUGAAAACUUCAACUGUGACAACCUGCGCACCGGAAUCAUUGCUGGUGCACCAGUGCCGCGAUAUUUGAUGGAGCUUCUUGUCAACCGCUUCGGGAUGACCGAAUUCACUAGCAGUUAUGGUCUUACUGAGGCGUCACCGACUUGCUUCAACGCAUUCACCGACGAUUCCAUCGACACUCGUCUUACAACUGUCGGUACGCUGAUGCCCCAUGCGAAGGCUAAGAUCGUUGAUCGUGAUGGAAAUAUUGUCCCCAUUGGCGAGCGUGGCGAGCUUUGCAUCGGUGGCUAUCAGCUCCAGGCUGGAUACUGGAACAACUCGGAGAAGACCAAUGAAACUAUGGCAAGGGAUGCCUCGGGCGUUCUUUGGCUCCACACUGGCGAUGAAGCUGUAUUCGACGAGAAUGGCUAUUGCUCGAUUACUGGCCGCUUCAAGGAUAUCAUCAUCAGAGGUGGAGAGAACAUCUACCCACUCGAGAUUGAGGAGCGACUGAUGGACCAUCCGGCUAUCACCCGUGCCAUCGUGGUCGGUCUCAAGAACAAGCACUAUGGUGAGGUCGUCGGUGCCUUUGUUGAGCUGGCAGAUGGUCAUCAGAAGCCCACAUUCGAGGAACUCAAAGACUGGUGUCGUAAGAGACUUGGCGGCCACAAGUCACCAGCACACGUAUUCUGGCUGGGCCAUGACGAUGUGCCAGCGACAGUUCCCCUUACAGGAAGUGGUAAAGUGCGCAAGUUCGAGAUGGCGAAGUUGGGUGACGAACUUUUGCGAAAGCAGGAAAAUGUAUCGAAACUGUAA